AAUACUUCCUCACAGUACCAUUGUCAUGGUCCACGGCCGUCCAUGGUCCUGAUCCCGGCAACCACAGACCUGGAACCCUGCUGUAGCAUGGUAACACGGUAGUACGGUAGCACAACGGCGGUGAUUUGUCUAUGACAGAUCUUGCAGACCGCAAAAACUGAUCAGGUAGCCGGUAAAGGUCUACCAGGUCCCCCAUAUGCCCGUCAUAUCUCUUAGUCUAGUCCAAGACAAGACAUGCUCAGUUACACGACUACAUUUCGAUAUGCACCCAAUGCAUUCCUACCCAGGGCACCGACCAGGCCGCCCGCCAUCCGGGGUUGGUUUUCAGAUCUCGCCAACAGCCGCAGCCUGGGCUUUGCUUCAUCGUACAUGAUUCACCGUGGCUGUUGGUAGCCAUUGCUUGCUGCUUUUUUACAAUGUCUUUUCCAUUUGGCUUGACCGUCCUGGAAUUUUUCUGGUCGUGUAUAAGAACGCCAUCGUAUCCUCUCUUUACCACCGACACAACACCAUGAUUCACAGUCACACCUGAUCUCAAACGUCUACUGCGCUUUCGUUUCACCACAACACCUCCAGUAACCCCUCGAUCGCCUUGAAGCACACUCACAAUGGCUCCCGGAAGCUCAAGAUCAUCCAGGCCCAAGCCGUCUGAAGUAGCUGCCGAGACUAAGAGGCAACAUAUCCCCUAUAUCCGGUCUUUGGGCACGUGGGACAUCAACUCCUACCUUUUGCAUCAACCGCUAGCGCAGAUCAACUUCCCACAAAGACCUCUUGAUAUUUCCCCUCCCCAGUUCUUUGUCUACAACGGCGAUCCAGUCGACUGUGCCUUGAACUGGGCAAAGCAGAUUGCAGAACCACACACGGUAGCCUUCAUUUGCGCGGCCAACGACAAAAGACCAGGCGGGGAUUGGGAAACGGGAGCUGUUGGCUAUGAGGAACGCCUAUGCCGCCGAAGCACUCUUUCUGCGAACUUGGCAACACCUGCGCCAGGAUCAACGGUGACUGAGAAUUACCCCAUCCCAAGCUAUGGUGGUAUUUACUCGCGAGAUGUCGUUGUAUUUCGGGGGCCUCACGACAGAUACGAGAAGCUCCCGCCCGAGCAGUGGCAGUCAAUUCCUGUCGUUUCGGUCCAUCCUACCCGCUGGCCUAAACUUACGCAGAACGGAACAAAGUUCUCCUUCCAAAACGAACGCGACAUGUUGAAAGACUUGUUACGAGGAGCACUUCGGAUCGCAGCCUAUAACGGCCAUACACAGCUUGUCAUUGGCGACUUCGGCCUUGGCAAUGGCUACCGCAACCCGCCCCAAGAGGUGGCCGAGAUGUGGCGGGAAGUCUUGCUCUAUGACCCUGACCUGCGUGGGCGUAUCACCUCCGUGGCAUUUGUGUUUGAGGAUCCAAAUCAAAGUACCAGCAAACUGAUCUUGGAGGAUCUUGCCAAGAAGGCCAGAGAAACGCUUAGCAGCACUACUGCCGCGGCUUGUCCUUCUGACUUGGAAGUAUUUCACCGAGUAUUUCACGACACCGAGAUUCAGCGAGUAGUCAGCCAGCCGGAUUCUCGGUAUGGGCUAAACAACCUACUUGCGAGCUAA